UAAGCUUAAUCUAUUCAUGAAGAUAGUGAUAAUGUGGAUGAACUCUCUAAUAUCUCGAGGUAUUAAACAUCCAUAAGAACUGUCACGUGGUGCAGCUGUUUUAAAGCUUUAGUUCUGUAUUGGUUCUCAGCUCCCUGCCCCACCCCCACGCCGCCUUCCUCUGAAAUAGAGUGGGAAUGAGGGAAAUAAUGAAUGUGUGUGUUGCAGGGACGGGAUUCUGAACGCGAUGCCAACCUUUUCCGUCCUCUACAAGGGAGCUGUGAUCAUUAGCAGGACAGUACUGGGCCCCUAUGGGGUAGACCGGAGAGUACACUGCGUAGACUUUACAGACUGUGAAAAUGGACUAGGAAUUAAGGUUAUUGGAGGAGUGAAGGAGCUGACUGGAGAGGAACACGGUCUGUAUGUGAAGCGGAUUCUGCCUGGUGGUCUUGCUUCAGUUGAUGGUCGUCUGCAACCAGGAGACCAGAUUCUUGAAGUUAAUGGUGACAGUCUGGUGGGAGUGACCAAUGAAAGUGCAGUGGAAAUCCUUCGAGCUGCCUCUUCAUCCAAUAACAUGAGGCUGAUGAUUGCACGGGAUGAACAGGGAAGGCGAGAAUUUUCCGAAUUGUUGGAAAACCAUGAAUCCAGGAGUAGUACAGGAUCAGGACAGAAUUCACCCACCCCACGAGGAAAUUGCAGAUCAUCAGGCACCUCAUUAACUUCUGUGAGCCCUCGACUGUCAAGCCCAAUGAGUUCCCGCCACUCGUCCAAUGGAAACACUGGAAGUUUACUUCAUUCUAAUGUAGUUCAUAGUGAUGAAGAGAUUCAGCUUGUUACCAUCACCAAAUCUGCAGUCCUUGGACUCACUGUCUCAGGAGGAUCCAACAGGCCUGAUGGACCCAAAGUCUACGUGGAGGAUAUCAUCUUCGGGGAAGACGGCCAAAUGGAUGGCCAGAUUCGUCCAGGAGACCAGCUGGUUGCAAUUAAUAAAAAGUCGCUGAUCGGAGUGACGCAUGAAGAAGCCAAAAGCAUCCUCAAGAAAAUAAAGUUGACGAAUGAAGGAACCAUAACAAUUGCCUUUUUACCAGGCAAAGGACUUUUACGCCGUCAAUCCUCGUUACACAAUGCUGACGACUCAGCUCAGAGGAACAUAGGAAAUGACUUCAGUUCUUGCAGACUGAAGGUUCAUGUAAGAACUCCCAAGUCUCAACAUGAAGACCAUUAUCUCGUGCCUUCUCAGUCACCGGACAUCUGCCCACCAGAGCUCACUGCCUCAGCUGCCAAAACAUCCAUCCCAAAAGAAGUGCCCUGCAGCAAACUGAAAGUCUGCCUGGAUCCUCAUGUUCGGUUAAAAAUGGACAAAUUGGAGUUGGCACUAAAGUAUCUAGGGCUACCUGUCACAGAAGAACAGAGAAGAGCACUGAAGCACAGUCUGAGAAAUGACUCUCAGGGAACUGUAGCCUUCGGAGAUUUUGAGCAUGCAAUAAGGAAUAAACUACCAAAGGAACUAGAGGAUGUCGGCCUUAGUCAGAGUCCCCUGAUGUUUUAUCCUCAUGAAGUUGCAAAUAUUUUGGAUACAACAGCUUUCCAAUCUCCGAUAUUUAGCUCUGUCACCUCCCGUGAGUCAGAGAAUCUGGAACAUCUGCAGACAGAGGUAUCCGAGUUACGUCAGGAAGUGAAAAAACUGAAGGCUCUCAUCAAGGAGACAGAGAAGAGCAAGAAAACACUAGAGGAUGAGCUUCAUCAGCUCUCUCAGAAAGCAACAGCUGCACUUACGGAAAACAGGACUUUACAGAGCAAGCUGCAGUUGGCCAGUUCUGUCCAGCACCAGGCCCUCAGUGCUGAGCAGGACUAUGAGGAGGUGAUCCGUCUUCUGGAAGCUGAGAUCACAGACCUCAAAGCUGAGCUGGCAGAGAAGCUGCAGAAGGAUCGUGCCGAAGUCUCCAAGGAGGAUACGCACGAUCUGCAACAGAGGCUGUCGGCCACCGUCUCUCAGCUGCACACAUCUGAGCUCGCCCGCAAGCAGUUGGAAAUCUCAAACAAGAAACUAUUUUCCUUUGCUGAGAAAGUCCACAAAGUCCUAACAUCUGCCAGCCAACACCGGACUACCCAAAGAUUAAAUCUGUCUAAGAAAACACGAAGAGAAAGCAGUCUGACCCCUCCCGGACCUGAAGGGCAGCUUGCCAUUGAAGCCAAAGAGCUGAUUGAGUGGGUCUGUUCCCUGGACUGUGAAAAUGCAGAAGCCACGGAAGUACAACGUGGUCCCCCCUCACAGGAGCCAGCACUGCAGAAGACCAACCGGCAAAGGAAUGCUCCACCACGCACGCAUCAAACCAGCCAGCUGCAAGAAAUGUUAUUUAUCUAAAGAUAAUGUAAAACAGAUUGCAUUCUAUUGUUAUCCAUACUUAUUGUAAAUGUAUAUUCAAUGUAAAUGCAAUAUCUACAUAUAUUUUUUUGUGUGUUGAAGAUACCAUUCCUGAGAUUGAUUAGAGUCUUCUCCAAGAGACAGCAGGAAUGUUGGGUCCAAUGUCAUCAUCUUUUUU